CAGUGCGCCUCCCUCCACCGCCGUUAACGUGAGCAAAGCUUCAUACUGACAGCAGCUUUUCAGGGUGAACACUGUUCGCUUGAUUACGCUGCAGGACUUCUAAUAGAACCGGGACAUAUUGAUUUCGUUUUUUAAAUUGGAUUGAAUAUAGCCUACACGUAUUUUUGAGGUUUAUCUUCCCCCGAAAUCCAUUCCAUUUAAUCUCAGGACUUAAUUAGAUAAUGUAUAGCCUAUGAACCAUUGGAUUCUAAUAUCAAGAGAGGAUUGAUAAUUGCUAUUUUCAAAACAGCGAUACACUUCCCUUUAACCGGACGUUACUUUCGUUCUCGGAUAGCCUAUCUCAAAAUAAUUCGACUAAUUCAAGGCUACUGGAAUAGGUUUCUCUGACCAUGCAGCUAAGUUUGUAUACUCUGAUUACAUUUGUAUGGUGUCUACCCGGCUUUUUUGCCUCGUACGUGCCCUGUGAGCCUUGCGAUCAGAAGGCACUGUCCAUGUGUCCACCGGUGCGGAUGGGGUGUCAGGUGGCGAAGGAGCCCGGCUGCGGAUGCUGCUUGACCUGCGCACUGACCGAGGGGCAGGCGUGUGGAGUCUACACGGGGACAUGUGGACAGGGACUGCGCUGCCUGCCUCGGAGCGGAGAGGAAAAGCCGUUACACGCUCUGCUUUACGGCAAAGGAGUUUGCAUGAACGAGAAACUAGGUCUACACAAACCACUUCAUAUGCCGAAGGAUCAAGAGUCACACGAAGAAGCCCUGGUUACAGAGGUAACAGAGGAUCUGCUUCCCCAGGCUAAGGUUCCAAUAUUCCAACGAGACCACAUUAACAGUAAGAAGGCUCAGGCCAUGCGAAAGGAUCGGAAGAGACAGCAGGCUAAACUCAGGACAAAUAUGGACUACCCGCUCUUGGGAAGUGACAAACAUCUCUCUGACAUUGGUCCAUGCCGAAGAAAGCUGGAUGGAAUUAUCCAGAGGAUGAAGGACAGCCCCAGAGUCAUGGCUCUUUCACUGUACCUACCCAACUGUGAUAAGAAAGGUUUCUUCAAGGGCAAACAGUGUAAACCCUCCAGGGGGCGCAAGCGAGGCAUCUGCUGGUGCGUAGACAAGCAUGGAGUUCAAAUGCCUGGCACUGAUUUUAAUGGAAGCAACAUCCAGUGUAAAGAUCUUGAAAGCAACGGCAGCAACAAUGAAUGAGACAACAAAUUUGGUCACGUAACAACAACAUCAUCUCUCACUCACUCUCUCUCUCUUUUUUCUCUCUCUCUCAUCUACCAUAUUAUGUGAUUUGCCAAUCAUUUCUAAUCUUAAAGAGUCUGACCUUUAUUUGUGGAAAUUUAAAGCACAAUACAAGCAUUUGUUAUUAAAUCCUGAAAUUGUCCUCUUUGAUCUUCAUUGGUUGGUGGGAUCUAUUAAGUAUCGUUUGGGAGUGAACUAGUUUCCACUGUAUCUUAUGCCAUAGACACCGUUGAAAGUCUUAUAAGCUUAAAGAGCUGAAAGGGAUAGUUAAUUAAACUUUAAGUGAUAGUUAAUAGAUCAUUUUCUCACCCUCGUGUCAUUUAAUAUAGUAUGACACACAGUACUUUCUUCGGUGGAACACAAAAUAAUAAUUAUAUGUUGAAAAAUGAUUACAAUGAAAGUCAGUGGGGUCAAAAACAACACUUGACCCAUUUUUCUUUCAUUGUUCUGUAUGGAAAAACUAUCACUAUGUGUUCCACAGAAGAAAGCAAUGCAUACAAGUUUGAAAUGACAAGGUGAGCGAAUGAUGAAAGAAUUAUAUUUUUGGGUGAACUAUCCCUUUAAUAUUAGCCUACUGUUUCAUAUGACUCUGCUUUUGUCCAUGGCACAGGACUUACUUGUCUUCACAGACUCUGUUUUUGUUGUUGUUUUGUUUCCCCCUUUUUUCCAAAGAUUUCAGGAAAUUAUAUUAUUAGUCUUACCACAUUGUUUUGCCAACCUGAACCACAUAGGAAAAUUCAUAUUCUAAUAACCACUGUUUUAGUGCACUAUAAAAUAAAAUAAACUAAAGAAAGCUUAGCACACCUUCUUACUGAUCUUAGACACAUGGAAAAACAUGUAGUUUAUAUGAAUCACCAUGGAAUGCAAGAAAGACUCACCAUUAGAAUGCACAAUGGUGACGAAUCAACCAGCCAUUUUUCUAUUUUUUCUAACUUUAACAGAUCAGGGUCCUUGGGUUCUUAUGGAAAUAUCAGUGCCUUUUUUUCUAGUCAAAUAUUUGAAUACUGAUUUACAUCAAAGGCAUCAAAGGGGCCACGAAGGCAAAACACAAACACUCAAAAUGCUGACCUUUAGUUUGCAGGAGUGCAGAUU